AUGACUGCGCUCCGGCCAUUCGAUUACCUCCGACCGUCAGGAUGGCGCCAACGUAUUCACGACCUCGCGACUGUCGCUCCCCUAUUAGCCGCCGUUAUCGCCCCACUGAGCGUCCUGCUCGAUAUACCCGCUUUGAGCCAAACAUGGUACCUGAAGAACGGGGUCCCGCAACCAGACCCGAAGGCAUCGCUCGUACUCUCGGCGAUCGGAUUGUCUUUCAACGUCUUUGCUAACAGCCUCCUUAUCAUCCGCUUUUCGCUCGCAGAAAAGCCGUGGAGGAUCGCGACGCGAGUAAGCACCGCAUGUUGGGGCGUCAAGGUCUCGAUAUCUCUCGCCAAUCUCAUCACCUUCGGAAUCGUUACCCGUAACAAACCGGCAUUCUCCUAUAACGAAGGGUUCUGGUGCGCAGUCGUCUCCUGCAUAUUGUCCGGCAUCAUAUUCAUCCUGCUCGCGCUGCACUGGUGCAUAGAACUGCGUACCCGCACCAAGAAGAUUAAUCAGAACGUUAGGGUCUCAGGCCGCCACUUCAUGCUUCAGAUCACGCUGUUCCUGUCCCUCAUCGGGCUCGGCGCCCUUAUAUUCUCCCGGAUCGAACACUGGACCUAUCUUCAAGGCAUCUAUUUUAUGACGGUGUGCUUCACGACGGUCGGGUUCGGAGAUUUCUUUCCGACGACAACAGCGGGCCGCAUUCUGCUUUUCCCGUUUACCCUCCUAGGUAUCGCUCUCCUUGGAUCCAUAAUCGAAAUGCUCGUGAGAUUCUUUUCCUCGCGGAGCGCGGAACGCAAGGCUAAGUCACGCGCACUGUACGAGAAACGCAGACAGGAGGAAGAAGACAAGAAGCAGACCCCGACUGACUUCGCGCGCGAGAUCGAAUUUUUGCAACGACUCAACGAGCGACAGGACGUCGUCGACCAGGCUAGCGAAUUCGCGCUGAGCCUAGGAGGAUUCUUGGUGUUCUGGUUCAUCGGUGCCGUGAUCUUCUGGGCCAUCGAAGGAUGGACAUACGGGAUCAGCAUGUACUUCUGCUAUGUGUUCUUUCUGUCUAUUGGCUUCGGAGACGUGGCACCCACCAGUCCCGGCGGUCGUGUCGUGUUCAUUAUCUACUCGCUGCUCGCCGUUCCCAUCAUGGCGUCCUUCGCGGUUCAGGCAGUCACCUCGAUCAUGACCAAGUUCUCCAGCUAUCGCCUUGACAAACGCAAAGCCGAGCUUGGUGUGGAGACGAUGAGCGCGCGUAACGAGGAACGAGUCAUUAGCCAUGCGGAGUUCGUCGAGCGAUUCGAGAAAAAGUGGGUACGGCGGAAACAUGAACAGCGUGCAGAAGACGGAGUCCCGCAUUUGAAGCGCGUCGCCGCCGCUGUCCGGGACGAGAAGCGGGUGGAGGAUGCUGCUGCGCGCAAUGAGGCCGAGCGCGUCGCGUUAGCGGGAGACUUGCCCGAGGACAAGGAGGAGCUAGCGGCGAGGGUGAUCGAUUUGGCGGUAGAGCUGGAGAUGCACGCGCGACGGUUGCUGAUCACGCAUCUGCCCAACGGGAGCAAGGCUCAAGUUGUAUUGAAGGCCGAUCGAAAUGUGCAACUACGGGAUGUCAGGGCCUUGAAGCGCGCCGCCCAAGGCAAGGCUUCUUCGUCAGUCGAAGAGAACGCCGCAUACGGCGCGCAGAAGGCCGGUGCUCAUCCUGCAAAGACUAUGAGGGGUACCGACGGGGACAGCGGCAGCCACGAGCGCGGAUCGCCUCAAGGCAAGCUUACGCGUGCAGAUAGCAAUACGCCGCUCCACGAGGAAAGGGCGGAAGAAGCGGUGGAGGAGGCAGCGGAAAGCGACGCGGAGGACAUGGACCCGGACCUAGUCGCGCGCCCGCUCGACGACGACGCGACGAUGGAGGAGGUGCGGAGGUACCGCGAGAGCUUCGCCGCGCUGCUCGUGGCGGGGAGCCGGCUGAGGGGGCUGGAAGGGCAUGCGAAGUACAUGUUGGAGAGGAGGAAGGUGAAGGAGGAGAUGUUGAACGAGGAUAUGGAUCAUGCCGGGAAGCCGCACAAGGCUGAAGGCGAUGAGGAUAAUACACUCUGAUGAGUUUGGGAUUGAGUGUGUAUUGUGAUGAGCUUAGUAUUGAGUGUGUAUGGAUGAACAACAAG